AUGGGACUAUUGGACUCUGCAUCACGAGUCUUUUUCGUGGCAAUCAUUUUGCGACUCGUGUUGCUCAUCUACGGGGGCUGGCAAGAUGCUCAUUCUGCCUUGAAGUACACAGACAUCGAUUACAUGGUGUUCACUGAUGCCGCCCGCUAUGUAUCAAAGGGAGAGACGCCAUAUGCCCGAGAUACUUAUCGCUACACGCCUCUUUUGGCGUGGAUGCUUCUUCCAACAGCCUGGGAAGUACCUGCCCCAUGGUCGUCGGUGACCUUUGCCUUUGGCAAGAUUCUCUUCGCGAUGGCCGAUGUUCUGGCUGGAUGGCUGGUUGUACAGCUAUUGACCCGAUUCUAUCGAUUGUCGCCAGAGCGGGCACUACAGUAUGCUGCUGCGACUUGGUUGUGGAACCCCAUGGUCGCGAAUAUCAGUACUCGUGGCAGCUCCGAAGGGUUGCUCGGUGUACUUGUGGCGGGCCUGUUGUGGGCUACCUUGACAAGAAAAGCCAUCCUUGCAGGUUCUAUACUUGGCUUAGCUGUACACUUUAAGAUUUAUCCGUUCAUCUACGGCAUCUCGAUUCUGUGGUGGUGGGAUGCAGAACGUGAUGGCGCUGUCCCGACUCGUGAUUCAAGCUGGAUUUCUCGAAUCAUGAAAUUCGUCACCCUUUCGAGACUGAAAUUGACCUUGUCCGCGCUCAUGACAUUUGUUGUCCUGAAUAUUAUAAUGUAUCUUCAAUACGGCAUACCUUUCCUCCACCACACCUUCUUCCACCAUCUCACCCGCAUCGAUCACCGACACAAUUUCUCUCCCUACGCCACUCUGCUCUACCUUUCUGCGGCUGGAAACGCCGAAUCCCAUUUUGAGGCACUUGCGUUCCUGCCCCAGCUGCUGCUGGUAGUUAUAGCCCUUCCAUUGGUGCUGGCGAAGAAGAGCCUUGCAACUGCCAUGCUGGCCCAAACUUUUGCUUUUGUCACUUUCAAUAAAGUGUGCACUAGCCAGUAUUUUCUGUGGUACCUCAUUCUCCUGCCAUUUUACCUCCCUUCAUCCGAGUUCAUUCGCAAACCCGUUUUGGGCAUUUCGGCUGCCUUCGUAUGGGUGGUUGCACAGGGUCUCUGGCUCCAACAAGGCUACAACUUGGAGUUCCUCGGUCUUUCCGCCUUCAUCCCUGGUCUAUUCCUCGCCUCCCUGUUUUUCUUUGUUGUCAACGCGUGGAUCCUGGGCAUCAUUGUCCGCGAUGGAGGCGAAAGCGCGGACUUGAAUCCUCGGGAGUUGAAGAGCGACUAA